AUGCAUUCGGACAUUCAUGUCAUCGUUCGCUUCCAGGAACAAUCUGUGUUCGCUGGGGAAGAACUCAAGUGCACCAUCACCUUCAAGAACGUCGCCAACGCCGAACCACAAACACCAUCCAGCGGCAGAAAGCGCAGCAGUCGGCACGAAAGCAUCAGUCAAAUUGCCGCUCUUGCGUUGAAACAUCAUGCUCAUCUACGCCUCGGCCGGAAUGGCCGGUCUGCUUCAGACGUGGAAUCUCAGUCCAACGGUCGAGCACUGCAUCGAGCUACCGCGUCGCUGCAAAGCCCGCUAAACACGACCGAUCUUCGGUCUUCGACAGAUAGACCAGGAUUCAAGCAGAGAUCAGUCUCAAUCAUGUCGUUAACGUCGCCUCUCGGCAACAACGAUCACCCAGAUUUAUCAUCCUCCAAUAGCCGGGCGCGCCAGCAAAGACCAAGUCAUCAACGAUCAUCUACCGUGCAACUUCAGCCAGCGCCGCUUCCAAGGAAGAAGAGCCAAUCCGGCAAAGCCCCCCCGGGGGUUUCGCCACAAGGCGCUCGGCGCAGUCCACGGUCGCCAGCCAAAAGUCGAAGCCGUGAGCCUACGCCGGACUUCAAAUUCCCAGCUAGCCCUGGUACCCGCCGAGAGGCUCUAAGUCCGGGUGAUGACGAUGCGGCACGAGUCUUGUCGAGGUCGAGCCAGGUGACAAGUGAGCGAAGCAGCGGCGAUUUCUAUUCCCUCAGCAAUCAUUCAGAGGAAACGCUCAUGUCUGAGCAACCCUCUGUCUUUUCGGACCACAGACCCAUCUCAGUCCUGCCACGGACGCCGCUAAGGCCAAAACAAAGACCUCAAACUGUCAGUUUGCUCAUGGGCUACGCGCAGCUGAACGCGACGUUCACCCUCGACACGUCCUUGAUUGACCAAUCCCAUUUCGAGGACGUCAAGAGCAAAGACUUCCUAGGCGGACAAGCUGGUGGCGGCGUAGUGGGGAUGAAGAAACCCCGUCCGAUGAGUGGAUUUCUAGGCACGGCGUUCAGCCUCAAAGAUUUCAGCAACUCUCUAAACAGCCUACUCAGCAGCGACGACACAAGCAGCGUCAAGCAGAUGCAGGCCAUCAACAACUCUAGAGCCAUUCCCCUGCUGUCCACUCCUCAAUCGCUCCUCUUUGUCGACAUGCAUCUCGAGCCCGGUGAGGAGCGAAGCUAUACGUACAAAUACCCUCUCCCGCGGGGUCUGCCAUCAAGCUACCGCGGCAAAUCCAUCAAGAUCUCGUACAACCUCACCGUGGGCGUACAGGCUGGCCCGGAGGUACACGCAGUCCGUCAAGUCAACGUGCCCGUGCGUGUUUUUUCGGGCGUUGACUAUGAUGGCGAAAUCUUCGGCCACGACCUCAUGCAACCUCACGUCAUUCUCCAAGACCUCGCACGCACCAGAUCCGUCCUCUCCCUUCCCCUGCCUUCUCACAAUACCGAGUCCACCACUCCUACCUCACCCUCGCCGCAGUCCCAUGAGAAAGCUAGUGCCGACUUUCUUGCGUUCGUCGAUAAGCUUCUCGAGCGCAAUGUGAGCCGCAAAUCCAGCACUGCCACCAUGGAAGCAUACAACCCCCGCCACUACACUGGUGCGGAUUCAAUGGCGUUGCAGGCCAUCGAUCGCGCCAUUCUGUACAGUAACCAGAGCACCGAUGUUGCGUCGUCCAGCUCGAACCGGUUCGAAAUCUCCCGGAACGGACUCAAGGUUGCCGUCGUCGUCAUCGACAGGCCGCUGCACAGACUCGGCGAGACGAUCACGGCUGUCAUCGACCUCUCGGACAGUCAGGUCCGUUGCGCCUCGCUCAGGUCGACCCUCGAAUCGACGGAGAAAAUCAGCCCUUCACUUGCUGUCCGGUCUGCCGCCACAAUUAACAGGGCCACGAAAAAGACUUACAGUGCGCAGUCGGAGAACAUCCUGUUUGCGCGGAGGGCUACAUUCUCGCCUAGCAUUCCAGCUUCGGCGACGCCGACGUUUGUCACCAGUGGCGUGAACCUCGAGUGGAGCCUCAGGUUCGAAUUUGGGACCGUCAAGACCUCCGAGGGUGACGAUGACGAUGAUGAUGGUGGUGGUGGUGUUGACGGCGGUGGGAGCAUGGGUGAGGGUGAAGCGCGGGCUCCGGCCGCUGUCGACCUGGUAGACGAAGUGGUCCGAGAUGAACGCGGGAUCAUCCAUGUUGCUGUGGAGAACUUGGACUGCGAGACAUUCGACGUCGUCAUUCCGAUCACGGUCUAUGGGGAUCAUGUCCCGGAUGGACGAGGAGACGAUGAGGUUGUCGGGAUCCCGAUAUAG